CUUUAUAAUAGAGCAUGCCAAAACUGUACAAACGGUGACUUAUCACAUUGCUUUCAUUCCAAAUGUAUAAUGGCUGAUGGUAUAGGCCGUGGUUUUUUGAGUGUGAAUCACGAACUGCCUGCACCUGCUAUUCAUGUUUGUAAAGAUGAUGUGAUUAUGGUAGAUUUGACUAAUGAUGCAGAAGGGACAGCAACAAGUAUUCAUUGGCAUGGCAUGAGACAUAUUUUGGGCACUCAAUACUUUGAUGGAACUCCUUAUCUUACUCAGUGCCCGAUUCCAUAUGGCAAUAAAUUUAGGUAUGCAUUUACAGCAGAUGAUGAAGGAACUCAUUUUUAUCAUAGUCAUAGUGGACAUCAAAAAGCAAAUGGAAUUUUCGGUGCUCUUGUUGUGCGAGCACCUGAUAACACAAAUCCAAAUAGACAUUUGUAUGACUAUGACCUACCCGAACAUAUAAUAAUCGUAUCAGACUGGAUGCAUCAUCUCGCUGAAGAUGAUUUCCCCGGAAUUGUGUCACGUUCACAACUUACACAAAGUAUACUAAUUAAUGGACAUGGAAGGUUCUUCAAUCAAACAUCGAAAACAUAUCAAUUGGCACCGCUCACAAUUUAUCACGUAGAACCAAACAAAAAGUAUCGAUUUCGAUUCAUUAAUUCUGGCUUCAAUGUUUGUCCCUUCCUGCUGCAAGUUGAACAUCAUGAAAUGUCUAUUAUUGCAACAGAAUUAAGCUAUGUUGAGCCAUUUACUAUUGAUACUCUAUAUUCACUGACUGGUGAGAGGUUUGACUUUGUUAUAAAUGCGAAUAAAACUCCAGGAGACUAUUGGAUUAGACCUCAAACUAUGCUGCCUUGUCGGAUCAUAACUGAAGGUUUUGCUGUACUGAGAUAUGGAAACAAAUCAGGUAGCAGUGUAGAGUUUGUUGACAAAGAUCCACCGAGAGAAUCAAAAGUGUUUUUGAAACAGAAAAUUUUCAAUUCACCUAAACCAAAAGUCAAGGACAUCCCGUUUCUAAAACUCAAUGCUUACGAGUAUGAUGACAGCAUUAUUAAAGGUGAACCUGACCAUAAGUAUUAUUUAUUCCUCGAUUCACCAACAUUUAGUGACGAUGCUUUAUACUCAAAUAAAACACAUUAUCGAAUGAGCUGUAAGUUUAUCAAUUAAAAAGCGACAUCCAUGUACACUUAUUAAUUAAACUCUAAUACUUAACCAGAUGAAACAACAAAGGUUAAUUUUAAUAACAUUGGCACAUUUAAUAAUAUCAGCUUGCUUUAUCCUUCAUUUCCUUUACUCACACAACCUGACAUGAUUGAUGAGACAAUGUUCUGUAAUGAGAACAGUACAGUAGGAAAAUUCUGCACAGAUAAUGGAUUUGGAAAUGUGACAGCAUGCAGAUGUAUACAUCGACUUAAAGUUGACCUUAAUUCAAUUGUUGAAUUCAUUGUUGUAAAUGUUGAUGACCAAAUACCUCAUCCCAUCCAUUUACAUGGUCAUAAAUUUCAUAUUGUUGAUAUGGGAGUCUAUGAUAAAAAGCCAAUUCCUGGUUGGGUUAAAAACGGUGGCAUUCCAAAUGAAACACAUAGUAGACCACCAUAUAAAGACACAUGCAUACUUCCAUAUCCUGGAUAUGUUCGACUACGAUUUCGUGCUGAUAAUCCCGGAUUUUGGUUGUUCCACUGUCACUUUGAUUGGCAUUUAGAAACUGGAAUGUCAUUGAUUGUACAAGUCGGAGAAAUCAAUCAGAUGGUAAAGCCACCAAAGGACUUUCCUAAAUGCUCAAAUUAUCAAGUCAACAAAAUUAAUGGAUGAUUAAAUCUUUAUUGAUAUUUUAUUUGAUAAGUUCUGAUAAAUAAAAGUGUAUAAAAGGAAUCUUAAUUCUACUGCCUUUGUUUGUCUAUCCUCUGAAUUUUGGAAUAUUUGGUAAAACCAAAUUGUUUGGAGAUUCAGUGACAUAGUUAACCAAUGCUUGAUUCAUUAAACUAUUGGUGAUGUCAAUCAAAAUUUCAGCACAACUAAAUGGAUAUGGAAGUGAUUUGCGAUUGCCAUUAACAUAAGAUUUGACUGCAGAUCCAUCAGCAUUUAGGGCUGCACCUACAUAUUUGGCUACUAAGUCUGGAAUGCAAUCAAUGAUUGAUGUAAAUGAUUCAAGGAACAAAUCACUCAGAUUUGUGGAUGUGAA